CAGUCGCAUGCAUGGACGAAUUACGAAAGAAUUCAUCAGCAUUUUUGCUCACGUAUGUUCUGCUAUUCAACACCCGACUUUCUUCCGCAAUCGAUACCAUAAACACCUCUACAACAAUCAGAGAUGGAGAGGCACUCGUUUCUCCAAACGGAGUAUUCAAGCUCGGUUUCUUCAACCUCUCCAAUUCCACAAACCGCUACGUCGGAAUUUGGUACAACAAAAUAACCGUCCCCACAUAUGUGUGGGUCGCAAACAGAGAAUCCCCACUCACAGACACAUCCGGCGUCUUAACGGUCACGCUUCUUAACGGAACUAACGGCAUCCUGGUGCUUCUUAACGGAACUAACGGCACCGUCUGGUCGUCAGCGUCAACUACAACCCCAAAUCCAACCGCUCAAUUGCUCGACUCCGGGAAUCUGAUCGUCAAGGAUGCAGACGAUGGCGAUAACUUCCUCUGGCAGAGCUUCGAUUACCCCUGCGACACGCUGUUUGCCGGAAUCGGGCUGGGGCGGAACUACGUCACCGGCGUCGAGACUUACCUUUCGUCGUGGAAAAGCAACGACGAUCCGGCAAAAGGCGAGUAUUCGUCCCACGUGGACCCCACCGGAUACCCUCAGAUGCUGGUGAAAAAGGGGGGAGAGAUUAUGUACAGGAUCGGGCCGUGGAACGGUAUCCGGUGGAGCGGGGCCCCCGACACGAUCAACGACCCGACCUACGGCGGGUCGCUCCAGAUAACCCGGGAUGAAAUGCGCUACUCAUUGCGCGCGGUCGCGGGCUUGGUCUUGUCGAAGUCGACGCUGACUCCCAACGGCGUAGGAGUGCGGUCCAAGUGGAACGAUCGGGCGAAUUCAUGGACCACUUACUCCAACAUCCCGGCGGACAACUGCGACGACUACGCGCUCUGCGGUCCGCACGGCAUCUGCAAUGUGGGGACGUCUCCAUCGUGCGGAUGUCUCAACAGGUUCGUGCCAAGAGAUCCAGAGAGCUGGGAUGGGAUGGACUGGUCGGGGGGGUGCGUGAGGAGGACUGCGCUGAGCUGUGAUGGGGAUAAGUUUUUUAAGUACUCUGGCAUCAAGCUGCCUGAUGCUCGCAACACUAGCAACAAUAACGAGAGGAGGAGCCUCACGGAGUGCCAAGUGGAUUGCUCGAGGGACUGUUCGUGUGUGGCAUAUGCGCAGCUGAAUAUCAGUGGAGAUGGGAGUGGAUGCUUGUUCUACCAUGCCGACUUGAUUGAUAUCAGAACUAUGGCUUCGGCUGGCCAGGAUCUUUACAUCAGAAUGGCUGCUUCUGAGGUUGAAGGUGUGGUGGGCGAUGGCAGUAACAGAGGGAGAACAAGAACUAUCGUUAUAGCAAGUGUUACGUCUCUGGCUUUUGCCUGCCUAAUCCUCGGUUAUGUUUUUUGCCGGAACACACAGAAGAAGAAUCUCAGUAUGAGUCAAGGGAUGUUCAGUGCAACUCAUGUUAAAGACGCGGAGCUGCCAUUCUUUAGCUUGUCUACAGUUUUGAAAGCUACUGAUAAUUUUUCAGACAAGAAUAAGCUGGGUGAGGGCGGAUUUGGACCUGUGUACAUGGGCGUACUGGAAGAGGGGCAUGAAAUUGCUGUCAAACGCUUGUCGAAGACCUCAAUGCAGGGAGUGAAUGAGCUGAGAAACGAAGUAACGUUGAUAUCCAAACUCCAGCACCGUAAUCUGGUGAGGACUCUGGGAUUUUGCGCUCAAGGAGACGAGUACAUGUUGAUCUAUGAAUACAUGCCUAAUUAUAGUCUCGACAUAACAUUAUUUGACCAAGAAAAGAGUAGGCUCCUUGACUGGCAAAAGCGCUUCAAUAUCAUCAGCGGAAUCGCUAAAGGGCUACUGUAUCUUCACCAAGAUUCGAGGCUGAGAAUCAUCCACCGCGACCUCAAAACUAGCAACAUAUUGCUAGAUGCUGACAUGAUUCCCAAGAUAUCGGACUUUGGAUUAGCUAGGAGCUUCGGAGGAAACCAAACAGAAGCUCAAACGCGCAGAGUUGUUGGGACUUACGGUUACAUGUCUCCAGAAUACGCUAUGGACGGGGUGUUUUCAGUGAAAUCCGACGUUUUCAGUUUCGGUGUUCUCGUGCUAGAGAUUGUUAGCGGCAACAGAAACAGAGGAUUCCUCCUUAAAGACCAAAAUCUCAACCUUCUUGGACAUGCGUGGAGUCUUUACAAGGAAGAUAGUUUGAGAAAACUAGUCGAUCCUUGUCUGGAUGAGGCGUUCGACUUGGGACAAGUGGAACGUGCUAUACAUGUGGCGCUGCUGUGUGUGCAGAAUAGCCCGGACGACAGGCCAAGAAUGUCGUCUGUGGUGUUCAUGCUGGGGAAUGAAGUGGCGCUGCCGCAGGCGAAGCAGCCGGGUUUCUUCACGGAGAGGGACAUGGCUAUUGAUCACAGCUCCGACCGCUCUAAUCCCACAGCUUCGCAUAAUCAACUUACAAUCACUUGGACACAAGGUAGAUAGGAGCAAAACUGUUGUACUGUGUGUUGAUUGUAUGGUGUAACUAAGAAAAAGAUUGAGAGAAAAUACUGCCAUUUAUUUGAUUUUUUUCAUGCUAGGCAUCUUAGUUGUGAACCUGAGAUGUUCCAGACAAACAAUAUUUACAUCAUUUCACAGGUUUCCACUACUGCUAAA